AUGAAAUGGGAAACCGAACGAGCCAGGAAGGUGCAGAAACUUGACAGUGAACUUGGCUGGACAAUCAAGGAUACCAUUUCUGACCCAGCAGAUUUGGAUAUCAGCAGAAUGAAAGUCUUGCUGGAGGCAACACUUGAUGCUCGACGGAAAAGCCCAGAGGACGAACUUCCUGUGUACUUUUUGAACCCAAAUGUGCUUGCACUUGAGGCUGAAAUCAGGUUUCAAGCUAAUUUUGGACACAUGGAAUCCAAACUUCAAGAUAUCCGAAAAACACUGGGCCGAGCGAGCUUCAUUGACAUUGACAAGUACCUUCGGCCAAAAAAAGCCGAAUUUGCCUUGAUCUCAUUGGAAACACAUGAACGAGACGUGCCUAUCCCAGGCCCUUGUAUCAUCACGCAAGAUGAAGGAAACAAAGUCAUCUACAAAGGCCACACCAUUGACCUGGCUGCGGGAUCAUCGCUGGAGCAUGCUCUCAUCGUUUGCCUAACACUUUACUUUGUCUUGGAUGUCACGUACCCACACGCAUUUGGUCAAACCUUGGGUUUGAUCCACACAGCAUUACUUAAGAGAGAGCCAUUUGCACGCUGCUUGAUGUCACACAAACUUAAGCUGCUGUUGAAGCAGUUGAAACAUUCUCCUGCAAGAACUACUUAGCUGUCUAGAUGU